AUGCCGGCCUACCCCGGCGUCAUCGGCCCUGUCAUGCUCGCGCUGCUGCCACCGCAGUUUCUCCGGACCCCCACGACGUCCGCCGCCGGCGUUGCCCAAUCUGCAGCGUCGUUCGGGGGAGGCUCGCCGCCGCCGGAGAAGGAGAGUUGCCGACGUGGUGUGCUUGCGCCGAAGUUCUCGCCGCGGGCGGUCGUCGGCGGCGGGGUGGUGGUGAAGGACGUGUGGGCGGAGAACCUGGAGGAGGAGAUGCACACCAUGAGGAGGAUGCUGCCGAGCUACCCCGUCGUGUGCGUGGACACGGAGUACCCCGGCACGGUGCACGGCGGCGGCGGCGGCGGCAGGGGGCGGCACUACAUGCGCAGCCCGCGCGAGACCUACGCCGUCGUGAAGAAGGACGUCGACGCGCUCAAGCUGCUCCAGCUCGGCAUCACCCUGUCCGGCCCCGUCGGCCGGUGCCCCAUCGUGUGGCAGUUCAACUUCUCCGGCUUCGACCCUCGCUCCGACCCCCACUCCCCCAGCUCCAUCGCCAUGCUCAAGGAGCACGGCAUGGACUUCGACAAGCUCCAGCGGAGCGGCAUCAACCACAGCGUCUUCGCCGAAGCGUUCUACCGCUACGGUCUCGGAUGCCGCCAGCUGAUGUGGGUGGCGUUCUCGGGAGCCUACGACUUCGCCUACCUCACCAAGAUGGUCACCGGAGGCCGCCGGCUGCCGGAGACGCUGGAGGGGUUCAUGGCGCAGGUCAGAUCGAUUUUCGGGCCGGCGGUGCUCGACGUGAAGCACAUGGCCAGGUUCUGCGGCGGCGGCAUACGCGGUGGGCUUGAGCGCGUGGCGGCGGCGCUCGGCGUGAAGCGGGCCGCCGGGCGCGCGCACCACGCCGGCUCGGACAGCCUGCUCAGCGCCGAUGUGUUCAACACCAUGCUAGAACGUUUCUUCCCCAGAACCAACAUCCUCAACCACGCCGGCGCCAUAGAAGGGCUCGUGUACGUGUACGUGUACGCGUUUAAGUGGCUGUCACAUGAGCUCCACCAUCCCUGGGCCUACAAGUCAGCCACUCACUGAGACUUACUUAAGAGGAUCUGUUCCCGUGUACUACACCUGCCAAUAAACACUGGCAUGAUAUGUAGUCUGAACUGACAUGUAGUCCUGAACUGAUGUGUGUAGUCU